UUUACAAUUAGAUGUCAAAACAACUUUUCACCUUUGGGAUUGUAUUAUGUCUUUUUUGAGGGGUUCAACGAAUUAUGUGUGGUGUACAACUAGUGUUUUGGGUAAAGGAGCAACAGGGGCGGUUUAUCAAGGAGUUAACAAACAUAAUGGUGAACCUGUAGCUGUUAAAACGUUUAAUCAACUUAGCCACAUGAGACCCCAUGAUGUACAAAUUCGAGAGUUUGAAGUUUUAAAGAAAGUGAAACAUGAAAAUAUCGUAAAGUUACUGGCUAUAGAAGAAGAACAGGAUGGAAGGGGUAAGGUAAUUGUUAUGGAACUUUGUACAGGAGGAAGCCUUUUCAAUAUUUUAGAUGAUCCUGAAAAUACUUACGGUUUACAAGAAGAUGAAUUUUUACUAGUACUUGAACAUUUAUCUGCUGGUAUGAAACAUUUACGUGAUAACAACCUUGUUCAUAGAGACUUGAAACCAGGAAACAUUAUGAAGUUUAUUUCUGAUGAUGGCAGCACAGUGUAUAAAUUAACUGACUUUGGUGCUGCUCGUGAGCUUGAAGAAGACCAACAGUUUAUGUCAUUGUAUGGCACUGAAGAAUAUCUCCAUCCCGAUAUGUAUGAACGGGCUGUUCUUAGGAAACCUGUAGGAAAAAAGUUUGGUGCAACGGUUGAUCUCUGGUCCAUAGGUGUUACAUUGUAUCAUGUAGCAACUGGUAAUCUUCCUUUUCGACCUUAUGGAGGGCGAAGAAAUAAAGAGACAAUGUAUUAUAUCACUACGAAGAAAGCUUCUGGCGUUAUAUCGGGCACUCAGUCAUCUGAAAAUGGACCCAUUGAUUGGUGCAGAUCUCUUCCCAAAGGCUGUCAAUUAAGUUUUGGGUUGAAAAAAUACAUAACACCUUUGUUAGCUGGACUUCUUGAAGUGGAUACACAAAAAAUAUGGAGUUUUGAAAAAUUUUUUACUGAAGUAACCAAUAUUUUAUCUCGAAAAAGAAUACAUGUUUUUCAUAUUCAUAAGAUGCAAAAUAUCAAAAUAUACUUUGACCCAGGUGAAAAAAUUUUAGAUUUCAAAGAACAAAUUUGUGAACAAACUGAAGUAUUACCAGCCAAUCAAAUACUUUUAUAUGACAAUAAACAUUUAUGUGAUGUGAUAACCGAAGAAACGCUGGGGAUCGAUUACCCUUGUACUUCAGAUGAGGUCCCUAUUAUAUUAUUUAGCAAUGAAAAUAAUAAUGUUGUGAUAGCAAUAGACAAUGACCUUCCUAAACUACCAACUUUUCCUAAUUCCCCAAAUGUAGAAAAUGAUGCCUCCAUUGCUAAAAAUAUAUGUAGUAUUUCUCAUGCUUGUAGAAGAAGGAUAGAUAAAUUGUCAUUGUGCAGUAAGCUAACAAAUGACAGUGUUAGUAUGUUUACAUAUAUUGUUAAGCAGGAGCUUUUGCAAGUUUUUUUAAAAAGCAAUAGAUUGUUAGAGUUGGCCAGAUAUGUUGAAAAAACGACAGAUAUUGUGAUGAGAAGCCAGCAAAUCAUUCAUAAUCUUCUUGGUAUAAAAUCUUCAAACUCAGUUGACUGGAAGGCAGAGCUAGAAGGUGGAAUAAAUCAGGAACUAGUUAGUGGAUUAAACAUUGCCAUUAAGCAGCUUCAUUCUAGGUUUUAUACCCAAGAUACUCUUAGUAAAGAGUGGGAAAAAAAUUCUGCUGGUUGCCGUUGCUGCUGGAAAAGUAAGGCCCCUCAACGAGCUAAUACUUGUGUUCAAAGGCUAAGGGACUCAUGGCAACACAUGAUUCGAGAUAGAGCUACAAGAAGUUUGACUUAUAAUGAUGAACAGUUCCAUGUUUUAGAAAGAAUGAAGAUGGAUGUAAUGGGAACUAAUUUGAUUAAGAAUUUAUUAGAGCAAGAAGUUGUUCUAUCAAUUAUUCAAACGGCAGACUGCCUAGCAGAUUGGUAUAAAAUGGCUCAAACUAUUUAUUUACAGGGAAAAAUUUUAGAUAAAGAUGUUGACAAUUCAAAAAAAAGUUUAGAAAAAUUUUUUUUACGCAUGGAAGAAAGUGACAAAAUUUUUUAUGAUGAAGGUAACAAUAUUGGUAUAACACGUCCCUUAGUGCAACAUGAAGGGCGGAUCAUUAGAGGACAAGAUGUUAGGUCAUUCAAAACCAAAAUUUGUGAAAUUCAUUGUGCUCAAGAAGAAAUAGACUCAUUAAUAAAAGAAAAUUCGCAAAUAAUAGAUAUGUUUCAAAGUAUUGCUGAUAAAAUAAGCCAUUAAUUGUAAAUAUUUCUAUUUCAAGACUUUUAUAAUUGUUAUUUAAAGAAUCACAUAUUUAUAGUUUAAAGAGAGAAUUAUAUAUUUUUUUAUGAUUA